AUGGCUCCAAAUUCACUGGAUUCCAUAUACUUUGACUCGUUGUCUCAGUUAGUCAUCUGGCAUGAUAAUUUGGUUAGAGAAUAUGAUUCUGGCCAGGAUCGUCUCGAUAAGUUCCGUCGAAGUAGUGAGGACAUAGAUGCAUAUCAAAUUGGUGACCCUGACGAUAAGCCUACAAAAAUCCUCCCUAAAGGACGGCCUAGACCAUCUCAUUCGUUUUCUGCCUCCGAAUCAUUCAUGUCAUGCCCUUCUUCUCUUACUAGAAAGGCCUUUUCCCGAAUACGUUCCAGCAGUACAGAUACCACCUCUAGAGGCCACAGUCACAGUUUCCCCUCGAAGAGACAGUCUUAUAGCACGGGCCAUUCCGAUAUCGACAGCUAUAGCAGUGAAUCGUUGGGAAACGAGUUUUCAAGUCAUCUCCAUCGUGCAAAGUUGAUGGUAUGCCAUGAUUUCAAGAACGGUUACCAGCAGGGUCAUGAUAAACGCCCCAAUGGUUACUACCCACAUCCAAGUGGUAGUCGUUAUUUCAUCCAGUAUCCGCAAUUACUUGACUCAUUUAUAUACUUUAGUCACCACCGUGUUACUGUUCCACCUGUUAGCUGGAUUAACAUGUGCCACAGAAACUGUAUCAAGUGCUUUGGUACGAUAAUUUUCGAAGGCAGUUCAUAUUCUACCGAGUUGGAUCGUCUUGUUCAACUUGGCAGAGAUGGCGAGUUUGUCUUUGUCGAAAUUCUUGUAGAAUUGGUGCAAUGCUUUGGUUUUGAUGGUUACCUAAUCAACAUAGAGACUUGCUUCAGUAACGGCAUAAUAGCCCAGUCUUUGAUUCCAUUCCUAGAGAACUUAAAAGCCAAGUUACAUACCAAGCACUUGAAGAACGAAGUCAUUUGGUAUGACAGUUACUUAUAUCCGUACAACAAGACAUACUAUGUUAACGGUGUAAAUGACUUAAACUUCAACUUCUUCUCUUCUACAGAUCGAACAUUCACCAAUUACUGGUGGAAUUUGAAGACUCUACGGGAGAACAUGAGAAACGUGGGACUUCUUGGCGUUCAGAACAAGCUCUACAUUGGAUACGAUGUGUGGGGUCGGGGAAGCACGGUGGGUAAAGGAGGUUUUGAUUCCAGCCUGGCUUGUCAAUUAAUAUCCAAAUACAAGUCUAACGUAGCUCUUUUUGCUCCUGCUUGGACUUACGAGCAACUGGGGCCUAAGAACUUUGUUCGAAACGAUACCCGAUUCUGGGUCGGACUCUUUGAAGAGGAAUUAUCCAUAAUGUCAUCCAUCAAACCUCACAGCUGUCCCGUUUUCAAGACCAAUGACUCCAGUUUUGUCUUUUACACGAAUUUUUGCAAUGGCCAAGGACACAGUUUUACUUGCAAAGGUAUCAAAAUCUUUAAUAAGCCUUGGGUAGAUGGAAAUUUGCAGUGGUAUCUUCCUUUAGCAUUAAACCGGACUCCCACUUUAGGACUACAGAUGAAGCUUGAAACCGCUGAAUCGUUCCAUACGGGUUCUUGCCUUCAAGUUAGUUACGUUCCAUAUCUUGAGGAUAAGGCCAAUGGUUCUAGUGGGUACAGAAUAUUCAGUGAACAACAGGUGAGACGGUUACAGUUGUUUGAUCUGAAUAAAAUAUGCAGAUUCAAUACGAUUGGUGUUAGGCUCAGCUAUAAAUUGAGGGAUGAUACUGAAGAAAUCUUUAAAGUGAAGGUCAAGUACCAUAUCGAGAAGAAAAUGGCAAACAAAUCGAUCCAGAUUUCCAGAAUAGGUUACCUUGUGAUUCCACUAGGUACUACCAAGGGUAGUUGGUAUACUUUGGACAAUGCUUUCAAUAUAGAUACAGAUACUAUGGAAACAAUUGUGAUGGAGUCAAUUGACGUUGAAUAUGAUAAUGAGAACAUGGGACAAUCUUCAGAUGGCUCGUUAUAUCGAUCGUACGUAAUGGAGGAUUCUGUUGUAACAUCUGUGAUCGAUAACGAGCAAUAUGAAAAGGUCAACGACAAAGAGAUUUACAACGACGAUGAAAGGGAAAGAUGGGUGAUCAUUCCAAGAUUGGCUGAGGACGGAGUAAAUAAUGCUGUAUCGAGUGCAAGCUUCAGUACAAGUACACUCUCGGCUCCAGAAUCCUCACCCGCAUUGAAAAUAGGAGAGAUCGCUGUCAUAAAUGCUAACAAUUACCCUAGCGCAAACUUUUUUGGAAUGUCUGCAGUGACCAAAGUUAAAAAAUUGGAUAUAAAGGAAGAUGGAAUGCUGUUUGUUUGGAGCGGAUCCAAAAAUAAUUACGUGCUUUACUAUGUGAUAUACAUCAACGAUAUAUUCAAGGGGACCUCGCAGAUUUCCCAGUUUUAUGCUGACGACGAUGACGACGACGCUAAUGGAAGAGAAGACACCGAUUCGAUAAGCACCACAAAUUUUAGUAUCAUCAAGAUUCGCGUGGAUACUAUAGAUAAACUAGGAUCGGUUUAUCCUGGAUCUGAGGUGUUCGUUUAA